GCGACCGGGCGCUGCCGCGGAGCCCGCCAGCGCGCCCAUCAGACGCGUCGGAGCACGGCUGCGCGGUGAGCGCCUCACUCUUCGAGCAGGAGACCGCGAAGGAGAUUGGCCGCGCGCAGGAGCGGUCGAGGUUUCGCCGCUCGGGUGGCCACUCAGCUCGAGCACACUUCUUCGCGACGAAUGGCAUCGCGAUGACGAGCGGAGGGAACCUCAAGCCAGUUGGCGAGCUCGAGGACGCAGCUGAGAUCGCGCCCCAGGUCGAGCGGGGGGCGGGUGAGACAAUCAAGGAGAUGGCGGCGGAGAUCUUCUCGGGAUCCCGCUGGGCGGAGUUGGUCGCCCGCGGGUGGCGCCACACGACAGGCGAUCAUCUCGUUCAUGAGUCGCGGGCUUUCCUGCGCGCCGUCGAGAUUCAGUGCAGUCUCUCGCCGCGGGGGGGCGAACGCGUCGCGGCGAUGAGCGAUGACUUGCCCGCAGUAUUAUGUUCCGAGAGGAGAAACGCCAAAAACUGCGCUGUCUUUUCUUGCAGACGUCGGGCCGUCGCCCUCUGCCUCGCCCUGAACAAGCGCCGUCACGUAAGAUUGGCUCCGAGCGAGCUCAACCCGAGCGACGCGGGCUCUAGGCAGCAUCGGGAGUGCUGGGGGGCCCACAACGACAAGGCCGUGAACCAUAGGCUGCCUCCGCUGGGAACAACUCACCAGGACAACGCAGAGCUCAAUGGCAACAACUAUCGCAAGCAGACCGUAAUCGAGCAGAGCAAAAGCAAGAGCAAGACCGUAGAGAGGACGAAUGAAAUCAGCACGCACAGCAACCAGCAGGACAACAGCCGCGCUACGGCACGCAGGGACAAUAGGCCCUCGGACCUGGACCCCGACGAGACCCGCGAGAGCCCCGAGGUUAUCGGGGCGCCCCUGCCGGGCACCCCGACCGCCCUGCAGCGGGCCCGCGCGAUGAGCCCCCCGCGGGGCCGCCGGCUGCUGGCGACAGGCGGGGGCGGAGGCAGCGUGCCCGCGCCGGGCGCGUCCGAGCGGCCUGCGAAGCGCUUGCGGGCGCUGUCGCUCGCGUCGCAGGCCCAGACCGAGAGCCGAGGGGAGACAGCGCUGCCAGCCCGGCGGCAGCUCUCGCUCGACCCACCCGCUGCGAGGGCGCCCGUCUGGCUGCAGCAGCCCGCGCCAAAGGCGAGGGGCGCCCUCGACAGCCCGGGGGCAGCGGGGGCCCAGACUGGAGACAGCGAGGGGGAGAGCGACGCCACCGCGGACCCCGACGAGGAGAUCGAGGGCAGGCAAGGGGCGGAGACCAAGCACCAGGUGGAGCUGCAGGCCUUCGCGAAGGCCGCAGGAGAGCGCCCGCUCGCGGUGGACAGCGAGGUGGGCGCUGCACUCGUGCUAUACACGAACGAGCUCUACGAGACUGGACAUCACUCCAACAGAGGGGACGCCCUACUGUCGGCGCCGCUGCAUUUCCAGCCGCAGUACGGGAAGCGGG